AAGGAACAUCAAUAUCACCAGCCUCACUUCAUACAAACUCCCACAAAUCAACUAAUACCAAUACCAAUUACCAAUACAAAAGUCACAAGCUAUAACUACAUCUCGACAUGUCAGACGUCUACCCUACCCCCUCAACCCCAACCCAAACAAUCGGCCUCCGCGAAAUCUGCCAAGUAAACAACCAUCACUUCCGCCGUCUACGAGGCACAGAAACCUGGAUUGAAUACACUCCUUCACCCACCAGCACUAUUCAAGAGCCAAAGCCAGACAAACCCGAGAAAGAAAGUACAGGCCCAAUCUACCUCUCCCUCUCUCUGGAAUCCCAAUCCCCCUCCGAACCAAACCACUGGUCCCUCUUCCUCGCCCGCGAAAACGCCCCAGGGAAAUUAUACCAAGUUACCGGCGAUGCGGAGUCAAUGACCUACGAGCCCUCAAUUCAGGAUGUGGAUAUUACGACUGCAGAGAACUUCUUUACUUUGUACCAAUUGGCGGAGAUUUCGGAGGAGCAGGCUGGUAUUGUGAGGGAGAUUGCGGAGGGGGAGAUGCCGCCGAAAGCGGAGAAUAGGGCUGCUGUGGGGGAGAAUUGUCAGGGGUGGUGUGUUAGGGUGUUGGGGAGGAUUGUGGGGAGGGGGAUUGUGGGGAGGGAGAAGGUUGAGAUGGCUAGGGGGUUGAUGGAGCCGGUUUGAUUUUCAUGGGGGUGUUUUGCUGGGAUGGCGUUUUUACUGGGAUAUGUGUUUUGCUCAGGAUUGAACAAGUUUACAGUUCGGUUGAAUCGAUCAUAUUGCAGGCUUGCUUGUGUGUAUGCAUAGAUCGUAUCAUCAUUAUUCGUAAAUACAUAGUGCAACAUUCUGUAUAGAAAGGAAAGUAC